AUGGAGAGUUUAAGUGCUCCUUCUCGUGUCUUCAGCGAGACAACUCUCGAAAAGAGAGCCAGCAAGGUUUGCCUCAGCGCCUGCGCACCGAAUAAUGCUAAACUAUUUAGGCAUGCGAAGCGCGACCCCAGCCUUCAUUUAAUUCUAGAUCAUAUCAGUCAGCUAAAUCGAGCGUUCCAAAGCGUUGAAGGUCGCAUGAGCAGGAUGGAAGAUAAAAUCCAGAGAUCAAACUCGGCCGAAAUGUCGAACAAUACUCGAACAGGGGCCCAGUGCUUGAAUCAUCCCAAUAUCAUCGUUGGAAAGACAGGAGCAGAGCCACAGCCAACUUCAUCGAUCCUACGGUGGGAAAGAAUUCGCCUUAUCUAUCCUAAUGUGGCACGUCAAUCCGUAGAUGGAGAUGCCUGUUCCGCCUACUCAUCUACCAUCCAGCCUUCGCUCAAAAGCCUAGUUAUUCAAGCCCAGCCCAAUGAGACAGGACAGGUGCUUUUUUAUACUAGAUGCUUCCUUGACCUAGUCUAUCCACUCUACCCGAUCAUGUGCGAAGAUGCAAUAUAUGACGCAGUGACGAAUUGUAUUAAGGAUGGGUUUCAGAAUAACAUGACAUCUGCGCUUGUUAUGCUUAUGGUCUGUCUAGGAAAGUUGUACUCGUCUUUGUCCAGCGUUGACGAGGCCAUUGGCUAUUUGAAUAUGGCGACCCAACUACUUGCCUGGCUUCCGAUGGAAGCGAGUCUGGACUAUGCACAGGCUCAUGGACUAAGAGUUCUGAAAUCGCAAGGGACUAAGCUCACUACACGAACAACUAGCAUUCGAUUAUACUGGGUUCUCUUAAACAUGGAACGACAUUUCAACUGGGAAACAAGUCUGAAAUCCAGCAGUGAGCUGUCAGAAUUAGAAGACCGCCUCCCGCUGCCUUUCAAAUGCAUGGCCCAAGAGCCAUCCACUGCCAACCAGCUGCACAGUCCAUACACCUCCGUCAUUGACUCCUGUUAUUCCCUCUUCCUGGCCGAGACGAGCCUCCGCCAGAUUUUGUGGCGGAUCGCUUGCGCUCCGGAACUCCAGGAAUCAACCGCACAUGUGCCACAGCCAUCACGCGCAUUUGAAGUCAUCGCAGAGCUCGAAAUGCAACUGUCCGAGUGGCUCGUUUGCAUUCCCGGAUCAGCCGGUUGGUCGCCGGUCGCCGGGGCUGGCAAUAUCAGCGCGCUGAGCAGCCGGAUAAAACUGCAAUACUGGCUGUGCCGAUUCCACAUCUACAAGGUGGCAUUAUAUCGCAGCUUUCAGGUUCCAUACCAGAUGAUCUUUCCAGAAUCAAUCUCGCAGACAUGGUCCGAUGCUGCGUUGGUGGCGGCAAUGAAUAGUCUCCUGGUCUUUGUUUCUGAGAAUGUGAUUCCUGAUGAUAUUAUGGCACAUCGGUUACUCACGAUCACGAUUCUGUUACGAGCGUCAAUGCAGCUGUUUGGGCCCGAGAGGCUAGUUCCAUACUGCCAAAGCAUGUCUACAUCCCCUCAGUCACUAAUUGACCGGUCGGUCGAACGCAUCCAAUCGCUGUCUAUAAUGAAUUCGCCAAUGGGAGCGCCAAAGUGGCAAAGCCGGUGGGUGACUAAUUCCCUACAGACUUUUCUACAAGAUAUCUCGGCGGAGGCAGCACAACCAUAG